AAAACGCCCUCCGCCCGCUACUUUGAAUCGCUGCCGACUUCACAUCAGAACCCCGUCAGAUGGUUUAGAGCAGCACGCAACGACGGGAUCAAUCUGUCAGCGGGCCCAAGUGAUGAACUGCGUCGCGCUUCGCUUCAGUGUCGUUGCCGCUACGUGGCUCACGCAGCCUGUCUGUCUCCUCGAAUUAGCAGCCGAGUAUGUCAUAUGCGUUUGUAUCCUUAACAGGUGGCUGUUUUUUGUCCUUUUCUUUUUUUCUACCGGGCCUGUCUCUUUCCCCUGCACGCCUGGCUGGCUUGUGGAUCUCAUUUGGACUGUCUGGCUCCUAGAUAACAUCAGGCCGUCUGAGAUGAGCACUCAUGAGGGUGCAGUUAAACUUGUCUAAGCUUCCGUUGUCAGCCGCCGCUAUGCACAGAGGCCACGGAGGAGUGUGGGGCGUGCUGUGCCGCUGAUAGCGUGGGGGCAUUGUCACCAUGGUGCUCCAGCCUCCCCGAGCCCGUGAGCUUAUUGUUCCGCCGGCCCCAUUUCCUGGGCCAGUAGUGGGAGUCGGGCCAUCUCGUUGCCAAGCAGUUUAGAUGUGCUGAGGGCUGAUAAGUGAGCUGCCUCUCCUGCCGUGGUGACUGGACGGCUGAUAAGACCCUGUUCUCACGGCCCUCCCAGCUCAUUCUUGAAACAAUCAUCCUGCAAUUAGCCAACACGGCAUCUGUUUAACUUUGCGGUUCAGACGGCGCUUUGAACGUCGACGCUUUGGAUCAUUCCUUGCUGUUCGUCGAGGUCGUUCAUUGCGUUGCGAAUGUACGGUGCCAGGAAGACUUAGCCUUGAGGUCCCUGCACGGGGUUAAGUACUCCAGCGGCAACUGUCGGUUGUGUCGAGCUCAUUCGAAAUGAAAAGGAUGCGUCGGCGAUAGUUUCGUCCUCACAGUGCACACCGGCCUGUCGUGACCUCUCCAACCUGCUUUCGGCGGGCGCUUCUGGAAACCCCACCUGUGCACACAGGCGAGCCACAUGAAGGCAGCAGUGCCUCUCUGGCGAACGACCACGAGCAGCAUUAGCAUCAAUGGGCGUCAGUGUGCUAGGCGCUGGCGUGGCGCGGCUGAUAGUAAACACUUUGACGUCAGGUUCAGAGAGGAGGCGGACUGACAGUGGGCGGCACUUCGAGCUUCCACGGGCAUUCCUUCAGAUGUGUUUUCCUGGCCGAGAGAGCCGAGAGCGAGGGGUGGUCCUCUUUGUUAUUUGUUUUGCAAAGGGGAACAUCUGACAGGCCCCCCCGGCCGAUUGGCCCCGCGGCGGAGCUUCCCCGCUGCGUUUUAUGGGCGGAACUUCAAAGGCCAGGGAGCUCAUUGGAUCAGAGGGCAACAGGUGCAUGAAAUGUCAUCGAAAAUGCAAAGCUCCAAUAACAUCACCCAAGCUAAGAGAACAGUCCAGCAGCUCAGAAUAGAGGCCAGCAUCGAGAGGAUAAAGGUAUCCAAGGCUUCGGCAGAGCUGAUGCAUUACUGCACGGAGCACGCCAAAUACGACCCCUUGCUCAUGGGAAUCCCAGCUUCAGAAAACCCUUUCAAGGAUAAGAAGCCCUGUGCUAUAUUGUAGUGGGACACCUGAACUCUGUUGGUGGUGUGUGUGUGUUUUGGGGGGGUUGACACUUCACUCUAGAGAUACCUGAAAGCUAAACACGACUUGCCUUAGAGCUGGCCCCUCUCCACCUUUCCCAAGCCCCCAUAGUUCCCCAAACGUGUACCGUCAGAUGAGUAAUGCGCGCCGACCUUUCAACGCAGAUAUGAGUCAAACCGACGAGCACCAGGAAGAGGCCUGGGAAGAGAAAAAAACUAAACAAACAGCCGGUUGUGGCCCAGCAACAAAGCUCUAGUUCAAACGCUCGUGAAAGAGAGCCUAUAUGAUGAAGCCUCUGCAGAAACUGCUUUUCUUUGUGAUUGGGAUCUGGGGGGUGGUCACGACCUGCAUCUUCAGCUGCAGAGACUUGCGCCCGAACAGGGAGUUCCCGACUCUGUUGUAAUGAUCAGAGCCAGCCUAGAAGUCCGUCCCCCCCCACACCGUUGAAGCCCCACAUUGCUUUAAUCUUUGAGCUCCCAGUUUCUGAUUGCAUCAGUGCCUUCUCACCUUGGCUUUGGGAAACAA